UAUAAACUUGAAUCGGGGACUUUUGUGUUAUUUAAAAUUUAAAACGCUGACGAGUCCAUUUAGUGAUAAUAAAAACCGAUAUUUACUGCGGUUACAUGAUAUUUAAUAUUAAAAUAGUAUUGGAUGUGGUAGAAUGUAGACUCUUUGUAUAAUUACCAAUUAAGCAGUGAAGCUGUUAGAUCAAUUUUCCGAUUCAAUCAUUUCUACUGUUUACAGUUCAACAAGCCUUUACAGUUCUGUGUUUGUGUUUGCUUUUGAGUAGGUAUUUCAUUUUCUUGACAACGAAAAUGUUCGGUGUGGAAAGAAUUAAUAAGUGCGUGGAAUGCGGAAAUGUGUAUAAGCGUAAACAUGAUUUAAAAAGACAUGUAAAUAGUUCGCAUCCCGACAAAUUGGAUGCAAUUGCCCCUUUAAAAGUGCUUAAAGGUAACGUCUAUAAGUGCGCACAUUGUGAUAAACAAUUUAGACAUAAGCAAAGUUUAAACUUUCAUGUCAAAAAAAUGCACACAAAUGUAUCAAUUUCUGCAGAAACUAAAACACUUCAACAUAAAUGUUCUCUGUGUGAUUAUCAUGCAACUUUUAAAAAGGACUUUAUUAAACAUUAUGAAACUUCUCAUAGCAUUCCUAUGCAAUACGAUACAAUAGAGUUUUCCAACCAUGAUGACUUUAUUUCUUGGAAGAAUAAAAUAGAGCUUGAAACAAAUGCUAGUUUUGUUGUGGAAACAGGAAAAAAGGCAGGAAUAAUGAACUACAUAUGCCACCGAUCGGGAUAUUUCACCUCAAAAGGUAAGGGCGAGAGGCACCUGAAAACACACGGUAGUGUCAAAAUUAAUGGAUACUGUCCUGCUAUGAUAAAAGAAGUUGCCCAAAGUGAUGGAAAAUAUUUAGCCCAUUUCACCAAAACUCAUGUUGGUCAUCAAAAUGCAAUUGGGCGCCUAUUUUUGCCAUCCUCAGAGAGAAAAACAAUUGCUGCGAAACUAGCUGCAAAAAUUCCAUUUGAAGCAGUUUUAGAUGGAGUGAGAGAUGGAAUUUCAGACACAGACAAGUUUCAAAGAAAGCACCUUUUGACAAAAAAAGAUCUCUACAAUAUUGAGGCCAGCUUUAACCUUCGCUCUACUACAGUAAGACACAGAGAUGAUGCUGUUAGCCUAGAAUCUUGGGUAAAUGAAAUGAAAACUAGCUGCGUUUUAUUUUAUAAGCCUCAAGAUAUUACAUUGGAUGAGUACCCCCAGCUGCAUAGUGAUGAUUUUAUUUUAAUAAUUAUGAACACUGGUCAACUCACUACAUUGAAGAAGUUUGGAAGUGACUGUAUUUGUGUCGAUGGAACUCAUGGUGUUAACAGCUACCAAUUUGAGCUUCACACUUUAUUAGUUCUUGAUGACCUACGCCAAGGCUUUCCCUGCUGUUUCUGUAUCUGCAGCAGAAGCGAUGAGACUAUAAUGUCUUUAUUUUUCAAUUGUAUCAAGAAAGAAAGUGGACCUAUUGAGGCAAGAGUUUUCAUGUCUGACAUGGCAGAUGUGUACUAUAAUGCAUGGUCAAAAGUAAUGGGUGAAACACAUUUCCGCUUAUAUUGUACAUGGCAUGUGGAUCGUGCGUGGAGAAAGAACUUGACUUUGAUUAAGACCAAAGAAAAACAGGAAUUGGUGUAUAAAACUUUAAGGGUUCUUCUGCAAGAGACAGAUCCCUCUGCCUUUGAACCAAUGUUACAAAGUUUUGUACAAAAAACCCUUAAUGAUCCAAGUACUGUUGAUUUUGGUCAUUAUUUUGAAUCAAAUUAUUCAAGUAAGGCUAUGUCCUGGGCUUACUGUUAUAGGAUGCAUGCUGGCCUAAACACCAACAUGCACCUUGAACGGAUGCAUGGGACGAUAAAGUAUAUUUAUUUCCAAGGGAAAAACAAUAAAAGAUUAGACAAAGCUGUAAAUGUCCUCAUGAAAUUCGUAAGAGAUAAGCUCUUUGACAGGCUAAUAAUCCUCAACAAAGGAAAACUGUCCUCUAAAAUUGUAGAGUUAAGAAGAAGACAUAAAACUAGUUUAGAUCUAGACAUGUCUCGUAUUAUAAAUUUGGAAGACACUUGGCAGAUUCCAUCUUCAACAAAAGCAGAGAUAUAUAUCAUCAACGAAAAUGAUAUACAAUGCGAAUGUCAACUUAUUUGCACGGAUUGCAAAGUGCGUAUCCACAAAUAUUCGUGCAGCUGCAUUGAUUCUGCAAUUGCAUGGAAUAUGUGCAAGCACGUUCACUUGCUUUGUAGGUAUAGGCAACUUGAUCAGUCUGGAACAAAGGAAUUGUCACAGGAAGAACAGAAAAUGGAAAUCGUUGAAGAUCACAAAGCAGUCGAAUCCGAAAUUAUUUUUGAAGAGAUGGAUAAUAAGUCUGCUAGCAGGUGCAAAACAUUGGCGGAAAAAAAAGAAGAGAUGUUGCGACACCUAUAUGUUGUAGUUAAUGGGGUUACAACAGUGGAAGAAUGGAAAGCUGUGGAAAAAAUGGUAAAUCCAAUUGAGCCAACCUUGACAGCAAUUCGCCAGCAGACCAUUUCUAAUUUUGAAUCCAAAGAUUCUAAACCCAGCAAUUCACAAAUUUUGAAACAGAGACGGCUGUUCAGUACAAAGAAAAAACGCAACAAAAAGAAAAUGGUGACUAAACCUACAAGUGAAGAAUGUGACGCUAUUGCAAUUAACUUACUUAAUUAAAGUUUAGAUAAACUUUAAUUAAGUAAGUUAAUUGCAAAAACUUAAGUUUUUGGGUAAUUUUUUUUUCUUAAUCGCAUCCACCCUUUUUGCUUAUUUCAUAUUUUUAACUUGGUAUCAGAGCAGCUGAUGGGCAGUAUUUCGAAAUUUAAAUAUUUUUUGUAUAUUUAAAUACUCUAUAAUAAUUAUAAAUAAGUAAGUACUUGGAAUUUAAAUACUCUACAGUCUAAAGUAUUUAAACACCUACAAAAAGUAGGUAUUUAAAUUUUGAAAUACUGCCCACCAGCUGUGAACCAAGUUAAAAGAAAUGUGCAACAAGGGUGCAUGAUUAAAAAAAAAUUUACCCAAAUACUUGGAUAAUUUUUUAGUAUUUAAAUACUUGGUAUUUACAUACUUUUCAACAUUGGUAUUUAAUAUUUAUGAUACCUACUUGCUUUCCUAAAUUUAAUAAAAUUUUAAUUUUUUUAUAUUAUCUAAUCCUUGUUUUAUUUAAGUCAAGCAUACCCACAGUUAUAGGUAUAGAUCACUCUUUAUAGGUAGUAAUAACUUUUCAGUUUCAUUUUUAAGUACAUCUACAAAAAAAAGUACCUACUACAUAUUUGUGUCAUUCAUGCCUUACAAUGUGAAUUUUUAAAGUGGUUGGGCACAUAUAUAGCAAAAUUCUAUUAUUUAUAAAAUUCUUUCAUGCAGCAUGACUUGCUCAAAAACGUUUUUAGGUACCUUUUCGUAUUUUCCCAUUUCUCAGAAGUUUUCGAAAUAUGUAGUUAGGUACCUACCCAGUUGACCAUUUUACAGAGCAACUACAUUUCAGUUACAUCACACAUGUUCCUUGUUCUAUCAUAGAUACAUCACAAGAAAAGCGCAUAAACAUAGCAGAGCUAUCUCUGCUAUGCUCCUAUGUCCUACCCUAAAAGGGAGCAAAACUCUUUUCUUGAGCACUAAAUUAUGUCACGUAUAUGUCGCAGCUACAGAACAAUACUCUUUUCUUAAGCGUUAAAGGAUGUCAGAUAUAUGUUGCAGCUAUGGAGCAAAACUCUUUUCUCAAGCAUCACAUAAUGUCUCUUAUCUGUAGCAGCUAUGUAUCAGAUAUGUUUCAGUUUUGUGUCAACUAUGUCUCGUACAGUGCACGUUUAGAAAAAUAUUUACAAUAAAAUUGCUUCUUUAACUUUAUAUUACUGUAGAUAGUAUUUUUACUUGACAUUGUAAAUAUAUAAUUGACAUU